AUGAAUUCUAAAGUGUGUGAAUCAAUUAAUACGAUCGAUAAGUAUUUUGAUGAUGAUUCGAAAAACCCGGGUGAAUAUAAUUUUAUGGAAUUAUUAAAUAGUUUUUUAUCUGAUUGUAACUGUAGUAGUGAUGAAGAAAAGAUUAUCUCUGGUUUUAUAAUGUUACUAAAUACGCUUGAAGAUUUAGAAAGUGAUAAAAUUGUUGAAUGCGCUAGUUUAUGGUUAAGUUAUAAACUAAAUCAAAAAACACAAAAUGGAACCACCAAAUUAUACGAUUUUUAUAAUGAAAAUAUAAUAACAAAUAGUUGUUAUAAGGGGAAUAUAUCUACUGCUAGUGGUCAGGAUAUUAAUACGGAUGUUAUAGAAAAUAAAAUAAAAUCGAUGAAUAUGGAUAUUAAAGAUAUAUCUAAUUUUUAUGAUGCAUUUAAAUCAUUAUGCAACAUGUAUAGUGAAAUUGGUGAAAAAACAAAUACUAAAUGCAAUAAAUGUUUAGAAAAUGCUGGAGAAUUUUUUGAAAAAUGUGAAAAAGUUAAAAACGUUUUUGAUAUUACUAAAGGAAGUUCUUAUUUACAACUAUGGUUAAGUUUAUCAAAAGAUUAUAAAGAUUUUGAAAAUAAUUAUAAUAGUAUUUGGUGUGAGGAUGGCAUACCACUUGUAACUUGUUCACGAAGUUCAGUAACAAAAAAUACACUAAUUUCAAUUGCAAUUAUAUUUGUUGCAGCAUCAAUUUUAUUGGGAGUUUCUUAUAAGUAUUCGUUAUUUGGAUUUCGGAAACGAUCUCAAAAACAACAUUUAAGAGAAAAGCUAAAAAAAUAA